AACAGACUCGACCAGCAGUACUUGCCUUCGGACCCUCUCUCUCUCACUCACUGGCAGGAUGGCAGGCAGGCAUGAGGCACUCCCGGGGCUGAUGCAGGAUGCCCAACAGAGGGUCAAGGAGCGAGGCCACUGGGAGAGCAAAAUUGAGUUUAUUCUAACUGUGGCUGGCGCUAUUGUUGGACUUGGAAAUAUAUGGAGAUUUCCCUAUCUUUGUUACAAGAACGGUGGGGGUGCGUUCUUCAUCCCGUACAUCCUGUACCUGGUGACCUGUGGCAUCCCUCUGUUCAUCCUGGAGACGGCUCUGGGACAGUACACCAGCCAGGGGGGCAUCACCUGCUGGAGGAAAAUCUGCCCGCUGUUUGAGGGAAUGGGCUAUGCCGCCCAGGUGAUCACUAUAUAUGGAUGUAUGACCUACAUAGUGAUUCUGGUGUGGGCUUUCCUCUACCUGUUCUCAUCCUUCACUGCUGACCUGCCAUGGGCUAACUGCAACAAUGCCUGGAACACAGAUUUUUGUGUGACAUUUGGCACCAAGAAUGCCAGCACCAAUUGGACUGUUCCUCUCCUGAAUGUGUCAUCUUCCGUUGUGGAGUUUUGGCAGCGGCGAGUGCUGAGAAUAUCAGAUGGGAUUGAGUCGUUGGGAGGCAUUAGAUGGGAGCUGGCUCUGUGUCUUCUGCUGUCCUGGGCCAUCUGCUACUUCUGUAUCUGGAAAGGAGUGAGGUCUACAGGGAAGGCAGCCUACUUCACGGCCACCUUCCCCUAUGUAAUGCUAGCGGUGCUAUUUGUCAGAGGAGUGACCCUUCCAGGAGCUAAAGAUGGGAUAUUCUACUACUUGUAUCCCAAUGCUACACGGCUAGCUGAUCCACAGGUUUGGAUGGAUGCAGGAACCCAGAUAUUCUAUUCUUACGCCAUAUGCCUGGGCUACCUGACCUCUCUUGGAAGCUACAACAAAUACAACAACAACUGCUACAAAGACUCCUUCUACCUGUGCUUGUUGAACAGUGGGACCAGCUUCGUGUCAGGUUUCGCCGUUUUCUCCAUACUGGGUUAUAUGGCUGGAGAACAGGGUGUGGACAUCUCUCUGGUUGCUGAGUCAGGUCCUGGCCUGGUCUUCAUAGUGUACCCUCAGGCAGUGUCCAUGCUCCCCUUACCUCAGUUCUGGGCUGUCUGCUUCUUCACCAUGAUCAUCCUGUUGGGAGUGGAUAGCCAGUUUGUCGCCCUUGAGAGCCUUAUGACCUCGGUAUCGGACUUCUACCCCAACCUCAUCAGAAAGGGCUACCGGAGGGAGCUUCUGCUGCUACUCAUCUGCUGCUGCUGCUACCUGGUCGGACUCAUCAUGAUCACAGAGGGUGGCCUCUACAUCAUCCAGCUGUUUGAUCAUUAUGUGUGCAGUGGUGCCACUCUGCUGCUCCUCUCCAUUUGUCAGUCACUCAGUAUUGGAUGGAUAUAUGGUGCGGAACGCUUCUGUGACAACAUUGAGGAUAUGAUUGGCUACAGGCCCUCCUCCCUGCUGAAGUACUGUUGGCUCUACAUUACUCCGACUAUUGGCACUGUAACCUUUGUAUUCUCGCUGCUGAAGUACAGCCCUCUGAAAUUCAACAACACCUAUGUGUACCCGUGGUGGGCCUACGGGCUAGGCUGGAUCCUGGCUAUGUCCUCCCUCUCUCUCAUCCCCAUCACCAUGGUCUACAAACUGUACCAGGCCAAAGGGACUUUCUGGCAGCGCCUCCAGACAAUAUGUCGGCCAGCAGAUGACCUUCCUAUGAUGAAGAAGGAGAUGGCAGGUCUCUAUGCUCUGGACCGUGUUACAGAAGAUGAGAAAACAUACAGCAAUAAUCAAUAGACUGACUGUUUCACUAUUACUUUUCGGGCCUGUUUCCCGGACACAGAUUAAGCCCAGUCCUGGACCAAAAACUAUUUACCAUGCUUUUUAGUCCAGGAGUGGGCUUAAUCUGUGUCUGGGAAACCAGCCCUUUAUAUUCUAUUAUACCCUAUUUUAGUAACUUUUGUAAAAGUCUUUUUUAGUAAGUUUUUUUUUUAUAUAUAGUUGUAGCUGGUCAAAGUUGUGCUUGAGGUAUUGUGUUUGGAUUGCAUUAUAGUUCAUAGUUUUUAUUUUUAAUUAACUGAACAUCUAUGGCAUAAUGUGUAAAAUGAUAGCAAAAUAUUUUUCUUAUAUGAUUAAAAUAAUUAGUGGGUUGUAGACCAUUCAUAAUUAACCUAGAUUACCUGAACAUUUUGGACUGGUUUCUCAGACUAAGCCUAGUCCUGGAAUAAAAAGCACUUUCAAUGGCGAAUCUCCAUAGAGCAUGCUUUUUAUUCUAGGACUAGACUUAAUCUGUGUGUAUACAGUAUGUUAUCAAUCCAAGGCAUUGACGUUUACCUUUUUAUUUUACCAGGUAAAUUAACAUGCAAUCACCCUCUUUGUAAUGAACUAUUCUUAUUUGAAGAACCAAAAUGACCAGCCUCGGGAUCGAAUUAUAAACAGUAGUGUAAUAAACCCCUGUACAUAAGGUCAUGAAAAGAUAAUGCAUUGCAUUGCAGUCUACUGGUAAACUCCAAAGCCAUUUCUAAUGUCUAUAUGGCCGUGUCUAGACUUGACAGUUCAUGCAGCUUUUGCAUUCUGAUCAUAGAGUUCUGAUCACGGAAUUCUGAACGAGUCUACACCUACGUUUAAAUGUCUACCGUGUCCACUGUGUGUCCGAAUUCCCUUUUCCCACGCUAUAUUCAAAUAGCGUUCUACAAACGGUGGAAUAGGCUAAAUAUGAUAACAACAACUACUGAUGGCAGUAGCUAACUACUGUAGCUAACUAGCCAGCUAACCUCUGUAGCUAGUCAGCAAGCAAUGCUAAAGGGAUUGAAAACAGGUUAGCAUAACCAGCCAAACAAAAAAUAGUUUUUCUAAGUAACGUAUUUCCUCCAACGUUAUAAUGAAAAGGUGCCUCUUGGUCCCAAAACACAAGUUUUAUGGAGACUUGUGGGAGGAGUGCUGAUGACAUCGCCCACUGUAUGUGCUUUCGGUAGCCUGAUUGCGUCUAGACUGAGGAGAAAUCCGCAGACAAUGCAUCCCUGACCACCUCCUAAAGUGGUCAGACACAUCUGAACACAAUCAGACCACAAAGCGACCCGUCUUUUCAAUCCUAUCUUCUUAUUCUGAUAGAAGUCACAUGUAAGUGUCAAGUGUAGACACAGCCUAUCAUGUUAUAUCUUGGUAAACUGUUGGUCUUGCGAUACAAAACUUCCACAGCAGAGUAUUUUAUGUAUUUUUAGAAAGUCAAAAAGUACACCUUGGACAUUGUGUAUAGACAGUGUACAAAACAUUAGGAACACCUUCCUAAUAUUGAAUU